CACUGUCCUGUAUAACCCCGCCCCCUCCUCAUAUAACCCCUCCCCCCGACAGUCCGUGCAGUCUCCUGGCCGCAGGCCCGCCACUGUGCAGGGAGCCUGGAGGAUGGGGGUCUCUGGAGGCGGCUGCUGGGUCCUAAGUCUCCUCCUCGUCACCUCGGUGUGUGCUGCUGCUGCCGCCUGUCCCUGCUCAGAGCCCGCUCUCUGUCAGCCCAUCACACAAACCCGGGACCCCGAGGUCUACGUGUUUUACACCAGAGGCAAAAACUGGAAGUACUAUGACUGGUCCGUGGUCACCACCGUCGCGCUGUUUGCCCCGUAUGACCCGGAGCUCAUGUGCUUCGCUCACGCCAAAGGCGCAAGAGUAGUCCUGAAGGGAGACGUCCCUCUGCCGGAUAUUGUGGAUGCACAGAACAGGUCUGCCUGGGUCACCCAGCAGGUGAACUUGGCGAAAAGUCAGUACCUGGACGGGAUUAACCUGGACAUAGAGCAGGCCGUGCUCCUAUAUAGCCCGGAGUAUUACGCUCUGACGGCUUUGGUGCAGGAGACUACAGAAGCUUUCCACAGGGAAAUCCCCGGAUCUCAGGUCACCUUUGAUGUCGCAUGGUCUCCCAACUGCGUCGACAUUCGUUGCUAUAACUACACCGGUAUAGCCGACCUGUGCGACUUCCUGUUUGUGAUGUCAUAUGACGAGCAAUCCCAGAUCUGGAGCGACUGCAUCGCUGGAGCCAAUGCACCGUAUAACAAAACCGUAACGGGUUAUGAGGAGUUUAUUAAUUCUGGAAUCCCCCCUAAGAAGCUUGUAAUGGGCGUCCCCUGGUACGGCUACGACUACACCUGUCUCCAGCUGUCAGAGGAUAAUCGGUGCACGUUGGAGAAGAAGCCGUUCCGGGGGGCUGAAUGCAGCGAUGCGGUGGGCCGCCAGGUGCCGUACCGUACGAUUAUGAAACAGCUGAACAGCUCGCUGUCUGGGAGACUAUGGGACGAUGAGCAGAGCGCCCCCUAUUAUCAUUACAAGGACUCGCAGGGGCAAAUCCACCAGGUCUGGUACGACGACCCGCAGAGCAUUUCCCUGAAGGCGGCUUAUAUCAAGAAACUUGGACUCCGAGGGACUGGUAUGUGGAAUGGAGACCUCCUGGAUUACUCCAGUGACCCUGUAGCCCAGCAGCAAACCAAAGACAUGUGGAAGGCAUUGUUACCGUGACUGCUGUCCAGGGACGCCAGGCUUGGCGGGUAGUAAGGAUUCCCCGAGCUGGAGGGCAGACUCUGGACUUUAAUCAGUGUGCCAUGGUCUGUGCGUCUAGAUUUUCUAUGGGUUGUUUAUUUUUUUGUUUUUGCUUUUUUCAACAUGAUGCAAUAAAGUCUACUCCAACAACA